UGUGACUGACGGAUGGAAGUUUCGUUCGUUCGUUGUAUCGAUUUUUUGAGUGAAGUGAACUAGUGUUCGUGUCCUUUAUUAUAGUGACGUUUGUUAAAAAAAUAUCUGUGAAUGGGAUUGUGUAACGAGAAAAAACGGUAUUUGGUGUGUGAUUUUCUAUAAAGGAUGACGAAGGACAGGUUAGCGGCGCUCCAAGCGGCACAAAGUGACGAUGACGAUGUCGGGCCUGACGAUGUCAACGUCCCCGUUGAAGGCGGCUUCAUGGACGAAUUCUUCAGUGAGGUGGAAGAGAUACGAGAAAUGAUAGAUAAGAUUCAGGCUAACGUCGAAGAAGUGAAAAAGAAGCACAGUGCCAUCCUAUCAGCGCCACAAUCAGAUGAAAAAACAAAGCACGAAUUAGAAGAUCUCAUGGCUGACAUUAAGAAAACCGCCAACAAAGUAAGAGGAAAGUUAAAACACAUAGAGCAGAACAUCGAACAGGAGGAGCACUCAAACAAAUCGUCAGCCGAUCUCAGGAUAAGAAAAACCCAGCACUCUACCCUCUCGCGCAAGUUCGUUGAGGUGAUGACCGAGUACAACCGCACGCAGACGGACUACCGAGAUCGAUGCAAGAACAGGAUACUGCGACAGCUCGAGAUCACCGGCCGCGCUACCACCGACGAUGAGCUGGAGGCUAUGCUGGAGCAGGAUAAUCCUGCUGUAUUCACGCAGGGGAUAAUAAUGGAGACGCAGCAGGCGAAGCAAACGCUGGCGGACAUAGAGGCGCGACACGCCGACAUCAUCAAACUGGAGACGUCCAUCCGCGAGCUGCACGACAUGUUCAUGGACAUGGCGAUGCUCGUCGAGAGUCAGGGUGAGAUGAUCGACCGCAUUGAGUAUCAUGUAGAGCACGCUGUGGACUAUGUCCAAACUGCGACACAAGACACAAAGAAGGCCCUAAAGUAUCAGAGCAAAGCUCGACGGGACAGUGAAGCAAAGAAUCAAUUUUUGCGAAUGACUCGUGCCUGCAUCCCGUCUGGCAAACUACAUCUUUCCGCCGAGUACAACAGUAAACUGAGACCUUAUUAUUUGUCGUUUGAGAUUUUUAUUAAUAUUAUACUAUUAUUAUAUUAUUAUCUGAUUGUAUUCCGUCAUCCCGUCGGGACAAUGUUUAGCUGUUAUAUGAAUUGUUGAAUUUGGUCACUCACUAAAUAAUAAUAAUCAUUGGACCGUUAUGUAUUCCGUAAACGAUUGUUCUAACAGAGUGUAGUUAGUUACCAAUUAUCAUAUUGAUUCGUUGAUUUUAAAAAUGCUUAACUUUUGCAACUUUUUAUGGAUUCUGAGAUUUUUUUGUAUAAAUAAUAUCAAAAUAGAGUGAGUGAGAUCUAGAAUACGAAUAAGGAAACUGCGAUACGUACUAAAAUAAUUGUCGGCAUUUGAAAUUUUCUUAAAAGUAUUACCAGUGCCAUACCGUGGAUUAAUCUAAUCUAGAUGUGGUCAGGACGGGAAUUUGACUUUUUGAUUGAUUUUUUAACUGAAAAUAGUUGCAAAAAUUAAGUAUUUUUUUCAUAAAUAUAUUAUGUAGUACGUACCGAAUAUAUUUACGUAGAUCAUGCAUACAGUGUAAACAUUAAAAUGUAUAAUUUGCCACUACAGGCGCCUAGUUCACUUGCCUACAGUGGGACAUUACGAAUUGCCUGUGGAAUUAGACGUAACAAAUAAGUAUUAACGUUAAGUACAAUGUUGGCUACAAUGAAGAUCGAAAGCUUAGGUACACAUCGAGGUCAGCCAUGGUAUGUCGGCCCAUACCUGUGAUAAAUCCUUUAAAAUACACAUUAACAAUAUUUCAUUGUAUAAUUAAAAUAAUAUCAUUAAUAUAAUAAAUAAAUUACUUCCAAAUCAGUAUUUUGGUGAUCGUGUGGUGGCGCGAUUCGUAGGUGGCGCCACAGUCGUAGUGUUGCGACUUUUGUGAGGAAGUGAUGGGAAGUGUGAAGUGAAGUGAAGUGAAGUUGUAGAAGAGAUGACAAGGCAACGCGCGCGGUGCAGUGAGGUAGAGUAGGCGGCGUGAUGACGUCAGCGGUAGAUAGGAAGGGCACGCGAGUUGAGACCAGCGACUAUAAACGAGUAGGUAACUAAAAAAAAAAUUAAUCCAUAAUUUUCUUGGCCUUAACAAAAAAUACGCCGCAUAUUCAUAUUUUUUAUGAAAUCAUCAUCACAACUUAUUCUGUAAAAAGAAGUUUUGAAACGAACGACAUUGGAAUAUUAAUCGACAAUGUAAUUUUGUUUGGCUUAUUGGUAUAGUAAAUUACUACCUUUUGUCCAUAUAUUUCCACAGACUUUAAAUCUACGCGGGACCUAUUUAUUUAUUUAUUUGUCUAUAACUCAUUCCCAAAUUGUGCCUGUUGCUCUCUUACCAUAAAAUCAGUACAGCUGCUGGUCUCGACUGUAACUGAAUUAAAUAAAUAAAAAGAAAAAGAUAGCUCUGUUGUAAUAAAGGCACUUCCACAUAUACGCGCGCACGAACGAUGCAGUCCGCGUGCAAAUAGUUCAACAGUCAAGAGAUUGAUUAUGUACGUUAUUGUGAACGAUUUGGGCGCAAAUAGUGUGAUGGGUUGACCGCCUAUGUAUGUAUAUACGCCUUUAUAACCGAUCGAGGCGUAUAUUUAGCACAGUUCGUGCGCCUGACUACCUCAUCAUAACGGAAUGUGUUGUAGUAAAAAAAAUGCUAUGUAUAAUAGAUGCAUAUGUUAGUUGUGUUGUAAAGAUGAAUUGAAAUGAAAUGAAAUGAAAAUUUAGAUGAAGAUGGAUGAAGUAUGAGCUGCGUCGAUCGUCGCCGCUAAACAUAAGCAUAUCGCUCCGCGUGCCAUCGCCCUAGCAAUAAUAUUAUCGAAUACAAUUUGUAAAAUUGUUUUUAACUUUCGAAUGUGUGAUAGUAGAUGCAGUUGUUGUUUAGUUAAUUUUAACAUAAAAUAAUAAUUAUAAAUUAAUUGUUAUCGUGAGAGUAACAUUUAUUACAUUAAGAUUUCAAAUAUAUAGUGGAAGACAAGUCAGUUUCGGCGCUUAAACGAUCAAAUUUUCAGGCGAACGGAUCGUACAGACGUUUUUAUUUUUAACAUUUAAGAUGCUCUUCAUUGUACAGUAAGACAUAAUGUAGCAGUUUUAGCUAGGGUACAUUUUUUAAUAAAUUAACGUUACCGAGUCUCCAGCAACACGCGGAUAGAAAUCGAGCGAUUUCCUUCGUAACAGAGCGCGUGGUAGAGAGGAAACGUUCGUCAUUUUAAGCACCAAAUUAUUGAACUUAUUAGCAUUUCCUAAUAUAAUAAUAAUAAUGUUUUGCGUGCAUAUAAAUAUAUUAUAAAUAUUGAUAGUGAGAUUCCUGGGGCAUGUUGUUAAAAUUUGAACGUUUAUUCGAAGGGCUGAUGUGGUAGAUGUAACGGCACUAAGGAACCCGGUGCCCCGUCUCCGCCGGAAUCAACUCUCGACUAAAGCGGUAUAAGUAUAAGAAAAUUAAGCAAUGUUAAUUUUAACAUUAAUAGCAUAAUUAGAUUUUUAUCCUUAAGAGUAGGAUUUCAUCUAGUUGCCUUCGUAUUAGUAGAGAAAUUAGGUGAUACCUUUUUCUCAUUAGCUUUAUUAUAGAGUGGGGAGGUCAGUGGCCAGUGCACGUCUCUAUUCGCCAGUCAAUUGUCGCUUGCCCCGGCGUUCGCGCCGCACAUCCCUCUGUCGUGUGCGUGUUCAUACGUCGCAUCGGCUAGCUAGAUGCAUCAUCUCAUCGUCUUUAGACUAAGUAUAAUAACGGCCUCGAAGCGAGGCUGUGUACCUGACACCAAUCUUACAUUAAUGAUAGUGGUUCGCAUCGUGCGAGUGCGCACGUCGUGCGCUCGGCCCGUGGCCGCCGAGCGCACUUUCGCACAAGUUGUGACGGGGAGAGAGCUCCCGCGGGCGCAGCCCAGCUGGCCCGGCGAUGGUGAUCAAAUGUAUAAUAAUUUAAGAGUAGGCGUAAUACAAUCUCUAGUCAGCUUUCAUUGAUCUCUAUUAUUCCAAUAAUCUUAACGUAAUUGCAGUUAUAUUCUUCUGUUACUUAGUGUAUAUCGUAACGUAAGGAAAGUUCUCGUGUUCAACAGGGCGGCGGGAGUCGCUCGCUAGUUGCUUCCCCCGUCAUGCGGUAGUUCGGUACCGUUUCAGUACACUUAGUGAAAGAUUGCAUAUCUCGCACAUGUUGCGGUAAAAUGGACUUAAAGUACCGUGGUUUUAAAGUUUUGUAGCUGGCCGGUGAAUUGGUGAUACAACUAAACAAUAUUUGGGUGUAUUACCUGCAUUGUACAAGAUUAUCGUAGAUCGGUAGCAUUAAUUAACCUCGAUCAUUAUUAUAGAAUACAAAGUGUUAAGUUACUAUAGACGAGUGCGAGAUCUGCAAUCUCUAAGGAUAUAGUAUAUUUGUCAUGUACCUAUUUGCUGCUAUAUCAUUGCGGCUCCCGCGCGCCAACGAUUCGAUUCGUGCAUUCUAAUCAAUCUUAAUAUCGUAUUGCAUAGAUAUUUUCGUAAUCAAUAGUAUGCAUAUAGUUAUUGGAUUGCUAAUUUUGUAUACCUAAGUACACAAUUAGUAUAGUUUAUAUACUUAUGUGUCAAUUCUUAUAGCGUUUUAUUACCUUACAUUAUACAUUUAACUGAAAAUAGCUAGUAAGUGUUAAAAAGUAAUUCGAUUAACAGUGUUGUUUAUCUGAGCUUUCUUUACUGAUUGUGUUUGAUUUAAUAAAUAUAGGUAUAUUUUGAUAAAGUAUGCUUCAUUUGAAAUUACUGUUGCAGGCAAAUAACUUGGACAAUGGUUUGCGCUGUAAACAAUUUUUAAAUAAAAGCUUUCUGGAAUAUACAAUAAGCGCAUAAAUAUAUACAUAUGUGUUCCAGUUAUUUGCCCGGGAUCAUACAUAAAGUAAGCUAUCGUUGUAUUGUGUAACAAUGGAAUAAUAUGAUAUUCAUAAAUAAACAGUCAUUAAUAUUUACCUAAUUCAAAUUGGUAGCCCUAUUGAAAGACUCGAAACCGCAUCUCUUCUAAAAUAUUUUUGCUUUGUGAAUUUAAUGGACAACGAACACAUUAAUGAAAUAUUUGUUAAGCAUUAUAAUUCAUAAUAAUAAAGUCACUUGUAAUUAUGAUAUUGUUCAUGGUUGUUCACGUUCGACACAUACUAAUCAGAUUUUGAAGACUUUAUUCAUAAUUCAAAUGUAAAACUUUACUCACACCUACGUGAUAUUGCUAGGCAAUGUUACACUUAUCUAUUAUUGCAUAUCCGCCGUCAAAAUGUAGAAUAGAUAGAUAACCACUAUAUGCGCGGCUGUGUUCUUGUUAAAUAGAUGAUUUAUUUUGCGCUUAUGGACCCGUGCUCCAUGUCGCGUAGAUGUGGGUGUUGCUUUACAAUUCUUCAUUAUAUGCUUACUCAUAGCAAAAGUUUCGAGAAUGAUAUUUUCCGAAAAGCGAGUAAAGAUUUUUCCUCUACUUGGGUUAGGUGGAACCUCGCGAUUUUUAAACCCUAUUUGACUAACAGUAGAGUCGCUAGACUUCAAUUCGUAGUUAAAUCUUUACAAAAUAUAUUCAAAUAUAUUAUGGUGAGCUUUAUUAUUUUUAAACUAUUGUUGUUGCUUGGCAUUAUAUGAUAUUAUGUCGAACAUUGAAAGUAUAAAAACUAGGUAUAUUCAUUAUGGUCAGACGCAAAUUUUUCAACUAUUCAUCGGAUCAUCUUUUGUCAAAUUCAAUAAGUACCAACCCAAAACGAUUUCUUGUUAAUUAGGGGAGCGUGAAAUGUACCAUAAUAGGUACAUGUCAUAAAAAGGCGCUUUUCCAUCUAAUCGAUUUGCCUCUAUCGGAAACUAUUUUUUGUUUAGAGAAAACUGAUUAUAUACCUAUGUAUCUAUAAAAAAUUUUCGUAGGAGUGCGAAAUUAAUCAAGCAUUUACAUUAAUAUUGAAGCCUCAAUAGCUCAACGGUAAGAGCGGUUGGACUCAUCACCGAGGGGUGGUGGUUCGAUCCCCGCCCCGUUGGUCUAUUGUCGUACCCACUCCUAGCACAGUCUUUGUCGACUAGUUGGAGGGGAAUGGAAAUAUUGCUCUUAUUAUCAAAGAUAUGGCAAAUAUUAUUAAAAAAAAAUAUAUAGACGCGAGUUGAUUUGCUUGUCUAUUUCAGUGCUACCGUUGAUGCACUAAAGCUUGUAAAUAAGAGUCGUGGAUCUUAAUAAAGCCAAUUCUCCCACCCCGUCAACCCAUUAGCGUAGUGGAUAGAUAGGGUUGUCUGCGAAAAAUCAGUCCUGGAUUCCGGACAUCAUCAUAAUUAUAUCCUAGACUCAUUUAUUUUUAGGCAAUCCAUUGGCAAUAUAUUUAUUGACGUAUUUAGUUUAAUUUAAAAUACUUUUCAUCCAGUAAACAGAUGAGUAAAGUGCGUUCUAAUUCGGACUUAGGCUAUAGAGAAAUCUUAACAACAUAAAGAUGAUCUCAGCAUGACAAUGUCCAAUCGAGAAUGAAGUUGAGAGGUUGGGAAGCACCUUAAAUAAGUUGAUCCGAUGGAUGUGUUAGCAAAAUUUAACAAAGUAUAUUUCCAGUGUUGAUUGUCGAGUGCAAUUCUGGAAAGUUUGCGUUUGGCCUAGAUGAUGUUAUUUUAACCUACCUACAUGUUUAGUUUAGUCAAAAUUGUUAAAAUAGUUUAGUAUUGUUUUAGUUCUUGUGUUUGUAUAUUUAUAUUGUGUAAAAAAAUAUAUAAUACAAUAUUUCUCUUUAUGAAUUUCUUGUAAUCUUGUAAAGGAAUAUAAUUACAGUUAAAAAUGUAUUACGAAUUAUUACCAGUGAGGUUCUGAACACACGUUGUAAAAUUGAAGUUAGAUUGGUUUUAUAGUCAUUCUGUAUGUAGGUUAUCAAUCUGAAAUUUUCUCAUAAUUAUAAAAUAAACGGUGUUUUCUGCUGUGAA